UGCUGACCUCUGCAGGCAGUUAGAAUUACUAGCCUCAUCUCCUGAAAGGCCAACAAGUGGGUCGGAGGUGUAGAGUCUAUUCAUUUAGAAUGGGUGUUGUCACUGCUGUUAAAGUAUUCUUGGGGUUUGCUGUCGUGUAUACGAUAGCAUCAUUUUGGUCAGUAGUUAUUGUACUGCCGAUUCUAUUGAAAGGGUUCAUGAGUAGUCCAAUAAGAUUUUUUCAAAGAAGGAGAAGGGAGAUCAAACCAGCAUGCCUGAACGACCCUAGCCUUGGAACCCACACAUACGUCAGACUGCAGGGUCUAAGAAUGCACUGUGUAGUUAAUGGUAAGGAAGGCAAACCUCUUAUGUUGUUUGUUCAUGGUUUCCCAGAAGGGUGGUACUCUUGGAGACAUCAGCUGAGGGAGUUCGGCCAAGAUUAUAGGUGUGUUGCUAUUGACAUGCGAGGCUAUGGGGAAACCGACAAACCACCAAAUGUGUCUGACUAUACUAUGGACAAACUAACAGGAGAUAUAAAGCAGCUCAUUCCUGCUCUUGGUUAUGAAUCUUGUGUGUUGGUAUCACAUGACUGGGGAGGUGUUAUAGCAUGGGCCUUUGCUGAGAAAUACCCAGACAUGGUGGAUAAACUGAUCACCAUGAAUGCUCCCCAUAGAAAGGCUUUUGCUGACAUUAUGAAUCAUAACAAAAAGCAGCUUUUUAUGUCUUGGUACAUAUUUUUUUUCCAACUUCCCUGGUUUCCAGAGUUUUUAAUCAGCCACAAUGACUAUGAUAUCCUCCAAAAGUCUUUCAGAGGAGCAGAUGGUAAAGUUAUUGGAAGUAUGACUCCUGAGGACCUUGAAGCAUAUACUUACUGCUUCUCACAGCCAAAUACAUUGACAUCAGCCAUCAAUUAUUAUCGGGCUUCAAUGAGGACAAGUAUUUGGCAGCAAGCACAGCCAAGGGAAGGUAAGAGAGAAGGGUCUGGCAAGAUCACAGUACCAGUACUUACUAUAUGGGGGGAUGCUGACAAAGCCCUGCACAAGGAUUUACCAGAGCUGGCCCGCAAAUACAACACUGACUACACCUUGAAGUACAUCCAUGGCUGCAGCCACUGGACUCAGCAAGAGAGACCAGAUGUUGUCAAUGAAAUGAUGAAGGAGUUCCUUAAAAGGAAAAAAUUGGAAUGAUUUUAAUAUUGUUUGAAUGUGGGGAAUGCUGAAUAACAUAAGUAAAUAUGGUAACGACUUAAUAUUUUCAGUGGACAAAAUUUAUCGAUCUUUCAAAUACAUAAUUUAAGAAUCAUAAAAAUUAUAUUUCUGUAUAGCAUUUAUGCUGCUUUCACUGCAUAAAAUGGAUCUGUAAGGAAGCCUCCUUUCCCAUUUUGUUGCUACCACUCAGUAGGUGUGUUUUAAUUUAAAGAAAUUAUGACUUAAAAAUACAAUACCAGUAAAAUCCACUGUCCCCCCCCCCCCUACAUUGAAAAGAUUAAGCCAUUAGCUUAUGAAUAUUAUCAUUUCUUUAUACGUAUUUUGUUUAUUUGCAAGUUUCAAUGAAAUGAAUGUUGGUCAGAUAGGUUUUUCCAAUAAUUAUUUACAAAUGCAUGUUAAAUAUAUGGUUUUUGAUAUUUUUGCUUUAUGAAGUAAAAAUUGCACAUUCCUUUAUCUGAUUACCUUAUGUUUAAAGUUUUGUAAUAAUUUUUGUUAACAAUUUAUUUUGCGAAAGGAGACAAUAGGAUUUAAACCUAAAAUGGUUAAUCAAACUUCUGAAUAUUGUACUGGGCACUGUUACUGUGCAGCUUAUUAGUACCGCCAGCGUGUACGCUGGCGGUACUCAUGGUUUUAGUCCUGACCCGUAUCGUAUGGCUCUGCCGGCUCCGUGAGCUCCGCCAGCUCCGCAGGGUGGCGUGGGAUACAAGUCACCGUUACCGCUUCUCCUCCUAGACCACACGGACCUGUCUCCCCAUC